AUGGUUUGUGUUUGUGGGGUUGGAGAACCUGAUGCCUUCUCCCUGUUGCUCCCACCCGCUGCCCUGAAGGCGUGUCGCUCUGCGUUGACCCUGACCCUGGAGAUCGCCGCUGCUCUUCACGACAUCGUCUCCUACCUCUGCUGCUUUGCACAGCUCGGCGGCUCCCCUACUGGUGACUCCCGGAAGAUGCUGCCUCUGGCAGCCGACUGGGGAGGACUGGAAGGCAUCGGCUCGGAGCUGCAGGAGAUCCAGAGUCAGAUGGACAAGCUGCGUAAUCCCCGAGACCCGGCGGCAGUCGCCACGUUUCUGUCUCUCAGGAGGGAGGUCAUGUUCCUGCAGUUUGACGCUGCGGUUCGCCACUUAAUCAGGGAGGUCUUCCUCUCCGCUGGCAGUGUGGCUGCAUUCCAGGCUGUGACGGAUGGGAUGUAUGGAGCACUGCCCUCCAUGAGUAGCUCUGUGACCAGCAGCCUCUACUCCUCCUUACUUCCCCUGCCUCAGCCAUUGGAUGCCUGGAGUCACAAGGCUCUCGUGCUGUUUCCCUGGCGAUCAUUCCUAGCGAGGGAAGGGCCUGUACCAGGAAUGAUCAGUAACCUGCAGAGCAUCGAGUACAGUGUACAGAUGUGUCUGAGCGGGCUGAAGGACCGUGAGCGGAUCGUGGCUAAUGGUGAGCUUGCUGGGGUGUCUCUGCUGAUGGAAGAUGUGGUGCAGAGCGUGAGUCAGGCGCCUCUGUUUCCCGAGGAGGACGGGGCCGCGGAGGACAUGUUGGAAGUCAAAACGGAGGAGGACCCUGCCAUUGAAGAAGAAAUAGAUGGAACGCAGACGCCAGCCAACGAAAUCACGUCCCCUUCAAAAGCAGCUGACCCCAUAUGGAUGUACAAGGUGCUGAAAUCCUUUCUGAUCGUGUGGAAACAGCUGGAGGUAUUUAAGGAGGAGUGGGGCAAGCUGAAGCUCGGCGUGGAACAAGUCAACUCUGCUGCCCUCUACAAACAGUUCUGCAAAGUAUACAGGUUGGAGAUCCUGUACCCGGCUCUGAAGCCAGUGGCCAGCCGGCUAGGUCUGGAGGAGGAGUACGAGAGAAUGAUGAUGGACGAUCUGCCGCUGCUGCCACCCAAAGGCACGUCAGAAAUGGAGACAAAGAGUCGGCAGCUGCAAAAACUCCUGGAGAGUAUGGAAUGUUACAUGAUCCGAGAACUUCAGAGAAAGAUAGCGAGGGAGUUGACCCUUGUCAUGUCGGAGAGAGCCCGAGGAGAGGCAUCACUGCCAACAGAUGAUUGGAAACGCUCAGUCAUGGCAGAAAACUUCCCCAUUGCAAGGCCUCAGAUCGUGGAGGCCUUUGUUCAGAGGCUGAAAGAACAUUCGUGCGAGACUGAGAAUGAGAUUACUUUCAGCAAAGAUCACUUGAGUGACUGCCUCCUGAAGCUGGCCUGUGAUGUGAUGGCAAGGGAGCGCAGUAAUUUUGAGACGUAUUCCAUGUUUUAUGAGAACAUACUCCGUCGGGAGCACCAGCUACUCUAUCAGAAGGAACAGGAACUAAAGGGAAUGCAGCAAUCUCAACCAUCUUCAGCAGGAGCUGAAUCCCAGCUGGCCGACUUCAGUCAUCAGAUCAUUAUCGAGAUCACAGCCCUCCACGCAAAGCUGUCCAGCCUCCAAGAGGAAAACUCCAGGCUGAAGGAGGAGGUGAGGAGUGAGGUGAGGCAGGAGUAUGAUUCUCUGGUCAGGAACCUGUUUGCAUCCAGCUUUGCACUGAAGCAAAAGCUGGACGAAUACCACGUCAACAUGAACAAGGCGGCCUGCAGGCUGAUCAGCGAGGUGCGGAAGAACGGAGUGGAGAACAUGAUUCUUCUCAAGAGGAAGGCUGGCUCGACUAAAAGCGACGAUGAUUUGAGGGGGAACCUGGAACGGCAAGAUCAUCUCCAGUCCUUGCGGGAAGAGAACAGCCAGCUACAGGGAUUGGUUUGUAAACUGAGAACUCUCAACUACUGGAGACUGACUGCGAGGCAGGAGCAGUUUCAAAGGUCCUGCACAGCCUUGGAGCAGGAAGGUAUUCAAAGCAAGAAGGAUUACCUCAACGUUAAGAUGCUGGCGGAGGAGGAGAAGGUUGUCCUGCAGCAGCAGCUGGUGGCGCUGAGGAGGGCCCUGUGCCGGUCCCAGUCCGAGAACGAGAGGAUAAAGAACGAGCUGGAGAAGGAGAAGCGGCUGCUGAGGGAGUACCGGCACCGUGCAGCUGAGGAGUGGAAGAGUCGGCAGCAACUGGAGCGUGUGAGAACAUCCAGCGUGGAGCAGUGCCUGCAGGAGGUGCAGCUCAAGGAGCACACGCUCAACACGCUGAACGCCCAGCUGGAAAACACCUGCAAACACGCCCAGAUGCAGCACAGUAAAAUCAGCAAGGAGAUCAAACAGCUACGCGGUCAGCUGUCACAUGAGCGCAGCCUGAAGCUCGAUGCCUUCCAGAGGGUUGACGAAUUGCAAAGCCAGGUGCAUAACUUUGAGGCUGCAUUAUCCGUCAGCAACAAUGCAGGCACUGGAACGCAGACUCACUUUCGAACUCAGUCACUUACGCUCUCCAGAGAGCAGUUGCAACGCUGUUUGACCACUGACCCAAAGACGACUGAUGCCAGUGGAACCGUCGGCUGUGGAGGAAAGAGAAUACAGAGGCCAAAAACGGUCCCAACUAGACUUCACAAUAAGGUGAUGGAAGCAUUAUUGCCAGAAACGGAGAACUCGGGACAUCUCAGUCUCAUCCUGGAGCUGAAAGAUUACAGAUUAAAUCAGAAAUAA